AUGUUAUACUUCAAUCGCCUGCUCCUCCUCUCUCUCUCCUCCCUGUCAGAGCCUGCUCCUCCUCUCUCUCUCCUCCCUGUCAGAGCCUGCUCCUCCUCUCUCUCUCCUCCCCGUCAGAGCCUGCUCCUCCUCUCUCUCUCCUCCCCGUCAGAGCCUGCUCCUCCUCUCUCUCUCCUCCCCGUCAGAGCCUGCUCCUCCUCUCUCUCUCCUCCCCGUCAGAGCCUGCUCCUCCUCUCUCUCUCCUCCCCGUCAGAGCCUGCUCCUCCUCUCUCUCUCCUCCCUGUCAGAGCCUGCUCCUCCUCUCUCUCUCCUCCCUGUCAGAGCCUGCUCCUCUCUCUCUCCUCCCUGUCAGAGCCUGCUCCCUCUCUCUCUCUCUCCUCCCUGUCAGAGCCUGCUCCUCCUCUCUCUCUCCUCCCUGUCAGAGCCUGCUCCUCUCUCUCUCCUCCCUGUCAGAGCCUGCUCCUCCUCUCUCUCUCCUCCCUGUCAGAGCCUGCUCCUCCUCUCUCUCUCCUCCCUGUCAGAGCCUGCUCCUCUCUCUCUCCUCCCUGUCAGAGCCUGCUCCUCCUCUCUCUCUCCUCCCUGUCAGAGCCUGCUCCUCCUCUCUCUCUCCUCCCUGUCAGAGCCUGCUCCUCUCUCUCUCCUCCCUGUCAGAGCCUGCUCCUCCUCUCUCUCUCCUCCCUGUCAGAGCCUGCUCCUCCUCUCUCUCUCCUCCCUGUCAGAGCCUGCUCCUCCUCUCUCUCCUCCCUGUCAAAGCCUGCUCCUCUCUCUCUCCUCCCUGUCAGAGCCUGCUCCUCCUCUCUCUCUCCUCCCUGUCAGAGCCUGCUCCUCCUCUCUCUCUCCUCCCUGUCAGAGCCUGCUCCUCUCUCUCUCCUCCCUGUCAAAGCCUGCUCCUCUCUCUCUCCUCCCUGUCAGAGCCUGCUCCUCCGCUCUCUCUCGGGGUAG